UAACGAAGCAGUUCUUCAACACAGAGGAAGUUGACAGAAUUUACUGUUAUAUGGAAGAAGCAAUAGCGAUGGCAAAAAUUGGCGUUGAAUCCAAACAGCUUCCUAUAGGUGCAGUGGUAGUGGAUCCCGUCCAGAAUGAAGUGAUCGCUAAAGGUUACGAUCUUCGACAUGGCUCUCAUCCAUUGCAGCAUGCUACCAUGGUGACCAUUGACCUUGUGGCAAGGUCACAGGGUGGAGGGAUGUGGCCCUUGGAAGGUUAUACGUCAAUGUACUACAGAUCUCCUGACGAUAUUCUGAAGUCAACACCUGUCACAUGUCUAGAUAUCCAGUCAAUACCCGGGACAUGUCCAGAUAUCAAGUCACCUGUCACAUGUCCAGAUAUCCAGUCAACACCCGUCGCACGUCCAGAUAUCAAUAAAAAGGCCAUGAAAUCUGGUCAAUCAGCAGGCAGUGGCCAUUGUUCUAAGACCUGUAGUGACCGCAUUGGGAAAAAGACUGGUGAAGUGACAGAAAAGACUGGACCGUACCUAUGUACCGGUUACGACAUCUAUCUGACCAGGGAGCCAUGUGUUAUGUGCGCUAUGGCCCUCGUUCAUUCCCGGAUAGGACGUGUCUUCUAUGGAAGUCCAUUUCCUCAGGAAGGAGCGCUCGGAUCAAAGUACAAGCUUCACACUCAGACAGGUCUCAACCACCACUACCAAGUCUUCUGUGAUGUGUUGGAAGCUGAGUGUGAACAUCUGUACGACGCAGCUGUAACAUAGGGCAUAGUCGUCCUUUACUACUGGGUUACACUGACAUGUUCUAUAUGGUGACCAAUCAAGCUACAGGGUGUAGAUAUUAUUGACCAAUUCAGUUACAGGAUGUGAUCAUCCUUGACCAAUUAAGUGACAGGAUGUAUAUAUUAUUGACUAAUUUAGUUACAAAAUAUGGUCAUCCUUGGCCAAUUAAGUGACAUGAUGUAGACAUUCUUGACCAAUUAAGUGAUAGACUGUAGGUAUUCUUGACCAAUCAAGUUACAGGAUGUGGACAUCCUUGUUCGGUGAAGUUACAGAAUGUGGACAUUCAUGACCUGUCAAGUUACAGGAUAAAGACAUAAUAUUUUAUUUGAUGGCUAAUUGAAGGAUGUUGACAAUCUGGACCUGUGCAGUUUAAUGAUAAGAUUAAGGGACACAUGUUUCAUCAGAAAUUACUCUGGUCGAAAGUUUCUAAGGACCGGAUAUGCAAAAUGUAUGUUUUAUACAAUAAAAUUUACAAAUUA